AUGACGCAGGAGCUGCAUGGGGAGGCUGAGGCUGAAGUGGCUUUUCUGGAAAAAAAGGUGGAGGAGGAGCUGGACCGAGCCCAGGAGCGCCUGGCUACCGCCCUGCAGAAGCUGGAGGAGGCUGAGAAGGCGGCUGAUGAGAGCGAGAGAGGCAUGAAGGUCAUCGAAAACAGGGCCAUGAAGGAUGAGGAGAAGAUGGAGCUCCAGGAAAUGCAACUGAAGGAGGCAAAGCACAUAGCAGAGGAGGCUGACCGCAAAUACGAGGAGGUCGCCCGCAAGCUGGUCGUCCUUGAGGGAGAGCUGGAGCGCUCAGAGGAGAGGGCAGAGGUGGCGGAGAGCCGAGUGAGACAGUUGGAAGAAGAGCUGCGGACCAUGGACCAGACUCUCAAAUCCCUCAUUGCCUCAGAGGAAGAGUAUUCCACCAAGGAGGACAAGUAUGAGGAGGAAAUCAAGCUUCUAGGGGAAAAACUGAAGGAGGCUGAGACCCGAGCAGAGUUUGCAGAGAGGUCUGUGGCAAAGCUGGAGAAAACCAUCGAUGAUCUAGAAGAGAGUCUGGCCAGUGCCAAAGAGGAGAACGUGGGCAUCCACCAGGUCCUGGACCAGACCUUGUUGGAGCUGAACAACCUCUGAGCUGCCCUGGGGAGCCCCCGUCCCUCUUCCCUACCCCACACGUGCACCCCACUGGCACGCUCAGGACGUCAUCAGCUGAACUGCGUCUUGGCCAAAUCCACACAUCCAUUGAGAAGGGAAGCCCUGCAGCCUUACACCGUGGCUCGGGGGCGUCUUGUCUGUGCACAGCCUGACUGGCUCUGUCCUGUCUUCAUGUCCAAAUAUUAAAGCAGUUUGACAAGA